AUGUGGCUGAUACUCUGGAGAAGUCCUCUCUUGCCCCGCAUUCUGCAAGUGCCUGAGCUGGUGGCCAGCUGGGACCUGCGUCUCACCCUCUGGGUCCUGAGCUUCGCCUCGGCAGUUGUGCAGAUGGAGGGCCAGGUCUACUCACCAACUGUCAACACGCACUAUGGGAAGUUACGGGGGGUGCGCGUGCCACUGCCCAGUGAGAUCCUGGGGCCUGUGGACCAGUACCUGGGGGUGCCUUAUGCUGCCCCCCCUAUUGGGGAGAAGAGGUUCAUGCCCCCCGAACCGCCGCCAUCCUGGUCAGGCAUCUUCUCACCAGUCUGCCCCCAGAACAUCCACAACGCCGUUCCUGAGAUCAUGCUGCCCAUCUGGUUUACCUCCAAUUUGGAUAUCGUGGCCACAUACAUCCAGGACCCCAAUGAGGACUGUCUGUACCUCAACAUCUACAUCCCCACGGAGGAUGUAAAACGGAUUUCCAAGGAAUGCACCCGAAAGCCCAACAAGAAAAUAUGUAGGAAAGGAGGAGCCAGCGCUAAGAAACAGGGCGAGGACUUAGCGGAUAAUGACGGGGAUGAAGAUGAAGACAUCCGGGACAGCGGGGCCAAGCCGGUGAUGGUGUAUAUCCACGGUGGCUCAUACAUGGAGGGCACAGGGAACAUGAUAGACGGCAGCGUCCUGGCCAGCUACGGGAACGUGAUUGUCAUCACCCUGAACUACCGCAUUGGAGUGCUUGGGUUCCUGAGCACAGGGGACCAGGCUGCCAAGGGCAAUUACGGGCUGCUGGACCAGAUACAGGCGCUGCGCUGGGUCAGCGAGAACAUCGCCUUCUUUGGGGGGGAUCCCUUGCGGAUCACUGUCUUCGGCUCCGGCAUUGGUGCCUCCUGCGUCAGCCUGCUCACCCUCUCCCACCACUCUGAAGGUCUCUUCCAGAGAGCCAUCAUCCAGAGCGGCUCCGCACUCUCCAGCUGGGCAGUGAACUACCAACCCGUGAAGUACACCAGCAUGCUGGCCGACAAAGUGGGCUGCAAUGUACUGGACACAGUUGACAUGGUGGACUGCCUGCGGCAGAAGAGUGCCAAGGAGCUGGUAGAGCAAGACAUCCAGCCAGCUCGCUACCACGUGGCUUUUGGGCCAGUCAUUGAUGGGGAUGUGAUCCCGGAUGACCCGGAGAUUCUGAUGGAGCAGGGCGAGUUCCUCAACUACGAUAUCAUGCUGGGGGUCAACCAGGGCGAGGGGCUGAAAUUCGUGGAGGGUGUGGUGGACUCUGAGGACGGCGUCUCGGGCAGUGACUUUGACUACUCAGUCUCCAACUUUGUAGACAACCUGUACGGCUACCCCGAGGGCAAGGACACCUUGCGGGAGACCAUCAAGUUCAUGUACACAGACUGGGCCGACAGGGACAACCCUGAGACACGUCGUAAGACUCUGGUGGCCCUCUUCACUGACCACCAGUGGGUAGAGCCAUCAGUGGUGACAGCUGACCUGCACGCCCGCUACGGUUCCCCCACCUACUUCUACGCCUUCUACCACCACUGCCAGAGCCUGAUGAAGCCUGCGUGGUCCGAUGCGGCCCACGGGGACGAGGUGCCUUAUGUGUUUGGGAUCCCUAUGAUUGGCCCCACAGACCUAUUUCCCUGCAACUUCUCCAAGAACGAUGUCAUGCUCAGCGCUGUGGUGAUGACCUACUGGACCAACUUUGCCAAGACAGGGGACCCCAACAAGCCUGUCCCCCAGGACACCAAGUUCAUCCACACCAAGGCCAACCGGUUUGAGGAGGUGGCCUGGUCCAAAUACAAUCCCCGCGACCAGCUGUACCUACAUAUCGGAUUGAAGCCACGGGUACGCGACCACUACCGGGCCACCAAGGUGGCUUUCUGGAAGCACCUAGUCCCCCACCUCUACAACCUGCAUGAUAUGUUCCACUACACCUCCACUACUACCAAAGUGCCGCCACCUGACACCACACAGAACUCCCACAUCACCCGCCGGCCCAACGGCAAGAUCUGGACCACUAAGCGCCCUGCCAUCUCGCCCGCCUACAACAGCGAGAACGGGAAGGAGAAGUGGAGCCCAGAGCAGGAGGCAGGCACCCUGCUCGAGAGCCCCCGUGACUACUCCACCGAGCUGAGCGUCACCAUCGCUGUGGGCGCCUCCCUCCUCUUCCUCAACGUGCUGGCCUUCGCUGCCCUCUACUACCGCAAAGACAAGCGCCGGCAGGACAUGCACCGGCAGCCCAGCCCCCAGCGUGGUGCUGCCAAUGACAUCGCCCAUGCGCCCGACGAGGAGAUGCCCUCCUUGCAGGUGAGCCAGGGGCACCAUGAGUGUGAGGCUGUGCCGCCCCACGAUGCCCUGCGCCUGGCUGCUCUGCCCGACUACACCCUCACCUUGCGCCGCUCUCCGGAUGACAUCCCGCUUAUGACACCCAACACCAUCACCAUGAUCCCCAACUCGCUGGUGGGGCUGCAGACCCUGCACCCCUACAACACCUUCACCGCCGGCUUCAACAGCACGGGGCUCCCGCACUCACACUCCACCACCAGGGUAUAG